AUGUCGUGGAACAAUCUACCCCCUGAGCUGCGAAACCAGAUCCUCAACUACAUUGUUGAGGAUUAUUUUGCUUCAGUGGAAGAAGAAGACUGCCCCAUUCUCACUCCAUACACCACAGUAUCUCGCGAGUGGCAACUUGUCUUUGAGACCAUCACCUUUCAGAAUAUCUCCCUCGUCAUUUACAAAGUUGGUGACUUUGAUGAUUUCGCCCGCUCCACAAGUGGCCACAACACUUAUCGAAGACAUCAUAUCCGCAACAUCUCGAUCAUCAUUGUUUUGCCUGGUUACCAGUGCCGGGACUGCGAGUGGCCUGAGAGCGCAGAAGAGAUUGAGCAGAACAAUCAUGUCUUCACUCAAUCGAUGAUGGCUCUUUUGGAUGUUCUCUCAACUUGGACGCCAAAUCGGCAUCCGGAUGGUUUGACCCUGGAACUCAAUAUCAAGUCGUCUUCGGACACGGAGCAUCAUUUUAACAAUCACACGAUGUUUGACCGCUACCCCCUCAAACACUGGAACUGGAACCAUCGGUACCACAACAAACUCCGGUAUCGAAGAAUAGAUAAGCGGUCUUGUAAUGAAGUCAGCAUGUGGACGAACGACGAUCUUGUACGCCAGGGUUGUCGUGCCCUGGAAAGAUACCUCGGGUCCGUAUUGGAGUUCACCGAUGUCCGUCUCCCUCGCGCCGAAGUUGUCACUUCCCUUUUACAAAGACUCCAGUUCAAACGACAACUGAGUCCUUUUGCGCUGCGGAAGUUGAUGCAGGAAAGUUUCGUUCAGCUAUCAUCGCUCAGAUUGGAACGCUGGUGUAGACCAACUACAUCAGGAGAACAGAGGUACAUCAAGGAUUUCAAGAACCACUUCCUCCCAUAUCUGCCAGAAAGCCUUCACGUCUUCCAGUACUAUGCUGAAAGACCCACGGGUUUAAAUCUCACAAACAGGGGGAGAGUCAAACCACUGUGCACUUUGGACCUGUUAUCUAUCCAGGGACAUUGCUUUAAGGAGGUUUCGGUUGUUGAACCGCAAGGCUCAGCUGUUUCCCUAGAGUGGUUAGAGUACAUGGCAGCUACUUCUUUAUCCCAACCGCUAAUAACCACGAGUUGGCACAUGCUUGAGAGAGUAUGCUUCGAUACAAAACUAUUCUAUCCUUACGAAAAAAACAAUAUCCCGCCUCACAUCAAUAGCUUGCUAAAAAUAUCAGCUUCGGUGGCCGAAAUGAUGCCCAAUCUUCUUAGUUGGGAGAUUUACGAGAUUCCCUUUCCUUAUGAAGGUCGCCUUUUCUGCUUCAGCGUUCAGUCAUCAUCGGCUGCUUCUAUGUUAUGGAAAUACCGGUGGCCAAGAAUAUUCGGUGAUUUAGCGCAAGGCUUUGCGUUUUCUCCCGAAGUCAAAAGCGCUUGGGACAAGGUUGCAAUUCUACGUACCGGCAACAGCAUCAAUUGCCUGGUUGACGAGAAUAAUUCUAAGAUGGAUGAUAAGGCCAGCACAUCGUAUGAGAAUAUGAUGCACGGCAGUCUUCUUGACGAUCAUAUUUUCGAGGUCGAUCCGGUGCAUCCUUUCACGGAGCAAUUAGGUCGAUGGUGGAAGGAAGAUCAACUGUUGGAUUUGAUGUUAGAUAGGUGGCUCUGA